AUGCCAACCAAGUGUAGGGCCCCGCAAUGCACCCGAAGCGCGAGUUUCAAUACCGAGGGCGGCAAGACGGCGAUGUUCUGCAGGCAACAUGCCGAGAAAGGAAUGGUGGACGUUAGGAACAAGCGCUGCGCCCAAGCCGGAUGCACCCAGCGCCCAACGUUCAACAAUCAAGGCAGCAAGACGGCGAUGUUCUGCAAGCAACAUGCCGAGGAAGGAAUGGUGGACGUUUUGAACAAGCGCUGCGCCCAAGCCGGAUGCACCCAGCAACCAACUUUCAACAACCAGGGAAGCAAGACGGCGAUGUUCUGCAAGCAACAUGCCGAAGAAGGAAUGGUGGACGUGGCGCACAAGCGCUGCGCUGAAGCCGGAUGCACCCAGCACCCAACUUUCAACAACCAGGGAAGCAAGACGGCGAUGUUCUGCAAGCAACAUGCCGAGGAAGGAAUGGUGGACGUGGCGCACAAGUGCUGCUCUCACGGUGAAGGGUGCACCAGUCGACCGGGAUGGGGAUACUGGGCGGACGGGAAGGCUAGUGUAUGCGGAAAACACAAAGGCGACCUCACGGAAGGGUUCGCGAUCAGCUUCACACAACGUUGUACCGUAGCUGGGGUGAAGGGAUGCCGUGCAGUUGCGAGGUGGGGGGUGGAAGGCGAGCAGCCGACUCACUGCGAGAAGCACGGUGCACCGCGGGCCGGCGAAGGCUUCGUCCGCGUCCCAUCCAGCGGUCGAAGGACUUCGGCUUCAUCUUCACGUUCGAGCACGGCCUCGGGCAGGCGCCACUCCGCAAGGGGUGAACGAACCAGAACUCGUGGCGGGGGUGGAAUCAAGAGGGCCCGCAAGGCGGUACCCCGGCGCCCUGUCGAAAGCUGGUCAGAGGAGGAGUCGGACGAAGACUCCGACGAUGACGACAGCGAUGGCUCGGUGGGGGACGCCGAUGAGGAGGAAGAAGACGAGAAUGAGGGGCAAGAGAAGGUGGAGAAACCGAAGAGAAAGAUCAUUUGGCUAUAG